GCACGGCCGCGAGUAGAGAAACCCAGCCUCCAUUUCGCCUGUUCCCACGGAGAAAGUGCCAUUAUCCACGAAACUGUUUCGGUUUUAGAGUGUGAUCCUCGACGCGAAUGUGGUUUUUAUCGAAUUUUUAGAUUUUUCGGGAUGUGUUCGGUGUUGUGAGCGGGACGCAUGCACGGAGUGCCCUCCGAAAGGAACAGAAAUCGAACAACUGGAAAGUGAAAACACCUGUGGAGUUUCGAGCAAGCGCGUUUUCAUCACAACGGAGCAUCAUGGGGUCCGAUUCAUGGUUCCCGAAACUGAACAGUUGCUGUGGUUUUCCUUUGAGGACGGGCACACUCAUCAUAGGUUGGACUUUUGCAGCUAUAGGAGUGCUUGAUUUUCCAAUUGGAUUACCGAAUACGAUCAAAUUCAUCAGCGGAUAUCACAGCAUUGAAAGUACAGGAGAGCAAAUAGCAGUAGUCAUUAUGAUAAAGGAAUUCAUAUUAGGGGCUUUGGGCACAAUUGCUGCUCUCAUGCUUUUAUUUGGGGUGUAUAAGCAAAAACCAACAUUUUUAUCACCAUUCAUAGCGUCGGCUAUCAUUGAAGGCAUCGACCUACUCCUUAAUUUUCCAAUGUUCAUCUUUACCAAUCUCCGAGGGGACAUGGAACGUAUGCUGCCGAUCAAGAAUCAUGAUCAAGACAUUUAUGAAGCAGUUUACCACCCCUUAUCACUGAUAUUAAAUUUCGCACUAAAUUUCUACAUUUGCACGAUUGUGUAUAGUUACUAUAAGGAAAUGAGAAGCAGCAUCCCGUACCGAAGAAGUGUGGAUGAACCCAACGCGGAGAUAGCAUGAAAGAGAGGCAUUCCAUAAAUCUUGAUUUAUUUAUUUAUUUAUUUAUUUAUUCAUGUAAUUCCAGAAUGUCGUGAAUAAGUCGCAAUAGUUCUCUCGAACUAUUUUUAUACAAUUCCCAUUUUUUUCUACUUUCAGGAUUUAAAAUUUUUACACAUAUAUUUUACUAAAUAUAAAACUGAUCUGAGUUAAUA